UAACCUAGGAACCACUUGCGGUAACCUUCUUUCUACACGGACCGCCGAUGCUGUUACACAACAUGCGGAAGUUGCUGUGUGAGGCUUUGAAAUCGUAGAACUGAUCCUCCUCUGUUGUUUUCCACCAAUGAGCUGAUGGUGUGGGCGGAGCCGAGAUGCUGAUGGACUUCCCCCGGCACGCCCUGCUACGUCCUCUGACCCGUAACGAGGUGGUGGGCAUGUUGGUGAGACUCACCAUCUUUGGAGCAGCUACGUACUACAGCAUCAGAUGGGUGGUGGAGGCUCUGGACCCGACUCAGAGACAGAAAUCAAACGCUAAGAAGAGGGCUGAGCAGAUGAUGAGGAGGAUCGGGGUGGAGGGAGUGAGUCUGAAUGAGUAUGAGAUGAACAUCGCUGCUCACCUGGUCGAUCCUCACAGUAUGAAGGUGACAUGGAGCGAUGUUGCAGGUCUUGAUGACAUCAUCACUGAGCUGCAGGACUCUGUCCUCCUGCCUUUUCAGAAACGCCAUCUAUUCCGUGGAUCUAAACUUUUACAGCCACCCAAAGGUGUGUUGUUAUACGGUCCGCCCGGCUGUGGGAAAACUUUAAUCGCCAAGGCAGCAGCCAGAGCCUCGGGCUGUCAGUUCAUCAACCUCCAGGUCUCCACUUUGACUGAUAAGUGGUACGGAGAAUCGGAGAAGCUCACCGCUGCGGUCUUCUCACUGGCUGCUAAACUGCAGCCCUGCAUCAUCUUCAUCGAUGAAAUAGACUCGUUUCUGAGGAGUCGCUCCAGUUUGGAUCACGAGGCCACGGCGAUAAUGAAAGCUCAGUUUAUGAGCCUGUGGGACGGACUGGAGACCGGCCCCGACACUCAGGUGAUGGUGAUGGGAGCCACUAACAGGCCGCAGGACGUGGACGCGGCAAUCCGGCGCAGAAUGCCAGCAACCUUCCACGUGGGACUUCCUAAUGCGGCUCAGAGGAAGGACAUCCUUCACCUCAUCCUGUCGGGAGAAAACCUGAGUGAGGCGGUGAAUCUGAUGGAGAUAGCGGAGCAGACGGAGGGGUUUUCGGGCAGUGAUCUGAGGGAGGUGUGUCGCGACGCCGCUCUGUACCGAGUCAGAGAUUUCGUACGCAAACAGCAGAUGAAACAAAUCACACAGCAGCUACGACUCGAACAGGAUGAGGAGGAGACAGUGGACAGUGUGUGUCUGAGGCCGAUCACUCAGCUCGACCUGCUGUUUGGACUGGAUAAGAUGAACGAGUCGAAACAGGCCACGGCUCCGGCUCACAUCAGCGCCGUGUUUGUGGACUAAAACACACCAGGACUCCGUUCUGUGUAAGCUGAGUGCAGGAGGCCUGAAGGUUGAGCGUCCACUGCACUGAUGGAGAGCCAGUUAUUUUAAUAUUAUUAAACUGUCUGCUAAAUGAACGUCAGUAAUAUUAAUAAAAAGAAUAACUUCUACGAUGUUUGUAUUACAUUAUUCUCAGAUCCAAGGCCAUUUUAUACAGUCUGUGUUAGAAAAUAAUCCAUAGUACAAGAAUAAAUAGCUGUAGAUUAGUGUAUAUAACUGUACAUAGGAAUUGUUGCUGUAGAAGUUAGAAUUCUGUAAGAAAAGACUUGUUGUAUUAGAAACGUUAAAUACAGUGCUGUGAAAAUGUGUUUUAAAUGUUUGGAUGUUCAUUCAAUAAACUAAUAUAAUAAAUC